GAAUCACUGACAACACUGCCUCCAAAUUUCAGGUUAGAAUAGUUACGGCUUGGGCAUCUGUCAAAUCCAAAUCACUUUCUUCAUAGUUUUACAUCUCAGGCCGAAAUGGUUCAACGGCUGGUCUUCAGGCGACGAUUGUCGUACAACACAAAAAGUAACAGGAGACGCAUUGUCCGUACUCCCGGUGGUAAGCUGGUAUAUCAAUACCUAAAGAAGCCCAAGAAGAUCCCCAGAUGCGGCCAAUGCAAAGACAAACUUAGAGGCAUUCAACCUGCCCGGCCCCAAGAAAGGUCCCGAUUGUGCAGGCGCAAGAAGACGGUGAAGAGGGCGUACGGCGGUGUUCUGUGCCACAAGUGUGUGAAGGAAAAGAUCGUCAGGGCGUUCCUGAUUGAGGAACAAAAAAUCGUUGUCAAGGUGCUGAAAGCCCAACAAGUUUCUUCGAAGAAGAAGUGAAUAAAGAAUUGAUAGGUACAUA